AUGGCGACGUUGAAGACGAUCAUGAACGAGAAAAAGUGGGAGUUGAAUGCAUCAUGGAAUCAAUUAACAGACGCACAACAAGCACUGAUUUUAUAUGGUACAGGUGAUGCUGAAUGGGAUGUCGAAUGGACGUUUAAAACCAAAUCUCGAUCUGGAACGCAAUCGUUAACGACGAAAUGGAUCGGAUUCUGCGGGUACAUUGAUGAUGAAUUUGAGCGAAAACGAAAUAACAAGAAAAUAGAAUCACUGGAAGCGUUAUUGCAUCAAGAAGAAUGCGAGACGUGCCAUGGCAGUCGACUAAAGGAAUACUUAUUGGAAACAUCAUUCCUUGGAAAGAACAUUCAUGAGUUAUCUCAAUUGUCCAUUCGAGAGGUUUUAAAGCAUUUUGAAAAGGGUAUUUCCGACUCCAACGUUCAGGCAAUUGCCGAUGUUGUGCUACCCGGCGUAAUUCGAAUGCUAAAAACGCUGGAGCAGCUGGGCUUAUCUUAUUUGAGUAUUCACCGUCCUGUUUCUUCACUUUCGGGUGGUGAAUAUCAGCGUGUGAUGUUGGCCGGGCAGUUGUCUUCACAUUUGUAUGGAGUCACCUACGUGUUGGAUGAACCAACCAUCGGAUUGGAUGAAAAACAGGUGUUAACCUUGAUCUCACUGCUAAAACAACUCAUUGAGAAAGGAAAUACGGUAGUUGUGAUUGAACACGAUGAAACCUUUAUUCGACAUGCGGAUCAUAUUCUUGAAAUGGGGCCUGGGUCUGGAGAAUUUGGUGGAGAAGUUCAGUUUACUGGAUCGAUUGAGGAAGUGAUGAAUGCGAACGAUUCCAUUACGGCAAAAUUGUUGAAUACCUCAGUGGAUUAUUCUGCCAGGAAGUCGGAGUCAGUUACCAGGGAAUUUGGUGUGCGGGGAGCGACCUUGCAUAAUUUGAAAUCAAUUGAUGUAGGAUUCUACGAAGGACAAAUUACGGCAUUGACCGGUGUUUCUGGAAGUGGGAAGUCGUCAUUAAUGGAAGGGGUAUUGUAUGCCUCUUUUCAGGCAAAUCAGCCGAUCGGGUGUGAGUCCUUUUUUGGAAUGGAUGCAUUCGAUGAGGUGUUAUUGGUUGAUCAACAACUGUUGUCUACAUCGUUGACGAGUACGGUAGCGUCGUAUACAGGAACUCUGGAUGAUUUGAAGUUGGUCUUCUCGAAAACCGACCAUGCGAAAGAACUUGGAUUAAAACGAGCGGAUUUCAGUUAUCUCAGUAAGAAUGGGAAAUGUCCAACGUGUUCAGGAAAUGGAAAAAUCAAAACGAGUCUGGAUUUUAUGAGUGAUGUCUGGACACCGUGUGAUACUUGUUCUGGAAGUCGCUACAGCGAGAAGGUGAACAGUGUGCUGUAUGAAGAGAAAUCGAUUGGUGAUGUCUUGAAAUUGAGCAUAGAUCAGGCGAUGGAUGCGUUUGCGAAUGAGUCGUUUGUCAAAAAACUGCAGAUUCUGUCGGAUGUGGGAAUUGGCCACGUGCUUUUAGGACAGGCAACAGCAACACUUUCCGGUGGUGAAGCGCAGCGUGUAAAACUCUCGAAAUACCUAUUAUCGAAACAAAAAGGAAAACGAUUGUUCUUGUUCGAUGAACCUAGCUCAGGAUUGCAUUAUUUCGAUAUCCAACAAUUGAUUGAUGUAUUCAGAAGUUGUAUCGAUCAAGGUGAUACCAUUGUUUACAUCGAACACAACAAGGUGAUGCUACAGUUGGCUGAUCAAGUAAUCACGCUUGGUCCCGGAAGUGGAAGUCAAGGUGGAGAAAUCGUUGAGUGA